AUGAUCUUCUUCUUCUUUUUUCUUCCACCCUUUUCUUCUUUUUCUCCUCCUCCUUCUUCUUCUCCUCCUCCUCCCUCUUCCUCAUUCCUGCUGCUUCUCCUACCUCUUCUUCUCCUGCUCCUCCUCCUCCUUUUUCUUCUCCUCCCUCUUCUUCUUCCUCUUCUUCCUUCCCUCCUCCUCACCAUCUUCUUCUCCACCUUCUUCUUUUUCUCCUCCUCCUUAUUUUUCUUCUUCUCCUCAUCCUCCUCACAUCUUCUUCUUCUUCUUCUUCUUUUCUUCUUCUUUGCCUCCACCUAUUUCUUCUUUUUCUCCUCCUCCUCCUUCUUCUCCUCCUCCCCUUCUUCUUCUUCUUCUUCCUCCUCCUUCCAUCCUUCGCACCGUCUUCUUCUCCACCUUCUUCUUCUUUUUCUCCUCCUCCCUCUUCUUAUUCUCUUCCUGCUCCUCUCCUCCUCUUCACAUCUUCUUCUCCACCUUCUUCUUUUUCUCCUCCUCCUCCCUCUUCUUUUUCUUUUCCUCCUCCUCCUCCUCCUCACCAUCAUCUUCUUCUUCUCCUCCUCCUCCUCACCAUCUUCUUCUUCUUCUUCUUCUUCUUCUUCUUCUCUUUUCUCUUUUCUUCUUCUUCUUCUUCUUCUUCGCCUCCACCUUUUUCUUCUUUUUCUCCUCCUCCUCCUUUUUCCCUCCUCUUUACCAUCUUCUUUUCCACCGUCUUCUUCUUUUUCUCCUCCUCCCUCUUCUUUUUCUUCUUCUCUUCCUCCUCCUCCUCCCCUCCUCACAUCAUCAUCAUCAUCAUCAUCUUCUUCUUCCUCAGCUGCUGCUGCUGAUCCUCCUCCCUCUUCUUCUUCUCCUCCUUCUUCGUCUUCUUUUUUCUUUUUGUCAAAGAAGCAAAUCUUUGAACUCUUGGCAAAUUCAUUUCCGUUCUUCUCUAUUUGUAUAUACGACGUUUGUACAUUGCAAAAAAGAAAAAAAAGUGGCGGGAACGGACUUGAUAAGCGUUGCUUAACCGACACCGCAGAGUGUAUCAGUAUGACAUCUAUCCAUUUCUUUCUUUCUUUCUUUCUUUCUUUCUUUCUUUCUUUCGUUCUUUCUUUUUAA